AUACUUAAGCUGACAAGAAUGGUUGACUCGCCCCAUCAUGUCCAUUUCGACCAGGCGGUGAUAAACGACGGAUUGCACGAUAACAGCAUUAUCUACCAAGUCGCCCCCGAUGGAACGACCCUGACCGUACACUUGGGAUUUCUGCAGAUAAAUCAUCGUUACCGCAUCGAGCUGAAUGUGCCGGCACAGGCCAUAAAGGAUGCGGGUUUUAAGGUCGACGGCAAUAGUGCGUUCGUGGCGCAGGAUGUCGCUGUCCCGAACGUGCACUGUAGACUGCUGGAGUUUCCUUCCCGUACCGUCGAUGUGAAGGGUGUGGAACACUUUGCUGUAACAAUCGAGUUUUUCGCUCACAAGGAGAAACUGUUGAAGGAACAUUUGCAUUUAUGUGGUAAAGAAGAGUCUGAACGGCGGUUGGAAUUGAUCUUGGUCGCACGUGUGCUAGGCAAGGGUAAAGGCACGCCAAUGCUUCGGAAUGGAAUCCACUGUAUCGGGGUAGAGAAAACGGACGAGGAAUCGGAAAUGUCCGAUUGGCAGGGAUUUGCGAAGGAAAAGUAA